AGCUAAGAAGGAAAUUCAAAACAUUUUGCAUCACUGUCACAGAUCUGUUUUGUUCACAUUGGUUUUAACUAUUUUUUCUUUAUUCUCAGAUUGCUGUGUUUAAUAACCAGUUUCAAAACUACAAUACAGAACAGUUCUAGAGCAAGGUCUGCAAAUAGUUUAUUAGCACUACCUGUCAAAUGAACAAGGGCAUGUUUCGUGGUUGCUUGCUUGCUUACUGGAAAUGUUAGCUAAUAUAAGAUAUGUUAGCUAGCUGGCUGGCUGGCUGGGGGAUUAGGCAACUAUGAUAACGUUGGAGAGGUAUUAAUGAUAAAAUAGAAUGUGACCCGAUUCAAAUAAUUAUAUUUUGUAUAUCUAACCAAAUGGUUCUUGAGGUCGAAAGUUUUUUUGGGGUGUACAUGCUGUACUGUACAAACCCCAAAUUUAAGGGUCGUAUCUAUAUCGGCUUCACGGUAAACCCAGAACGAAGAAUAGGACAACACAACGCCGGUCGGCACAAAGGUGGAGCGAAAAGAACUAGUGGCAGGGGACCAUGGGAAAUGGUUCUCAUCAUCCACGGAUUUCCAUCAGACAUAGCAGCUUUGAGGUUUGAGUGGGCAUGGCAGCACCCUCACUUCUCGCGCCGGCUGUCGCAUGUGGCCAAGCGGGUGCGCCGUGAGUCCAGCCUGCAGUUUCACUGGCGUGUGGUCUCCCAUAUGCUGCGUGUGGCACCGUGGAGCCGGCUUCCACUCACUGUGCGCUGGCUUCGGCCGGAGUACCACCUCAACUUCGAUGCAGCGCUCUGGCCGCCCCCGCACAUGCCCAUCACCUUCGGGGGCGUUCGAGCGAAGAAGAAGCGUCCGGCCUCAGAGGCAUGCCAGGAGCAAGGAGAGGAGGAAGAGGGCAAAGUCAAGGAAUGCUGCAAGCUCUGUCUGGAAACUGUGAAGUCUUCAGAUAAAGUGUCCUGCUUCCUGCCAUCAUGUGACAUGGUUUGUCAUCUGAUCUGCCUGGCCCAGCACUUCCUCAAAUCGGAGCCCGGCCACCUGCUGCCAGUAGAGGGCAGAUGUCCCGUCUGCAACCGCUCGGUGCUCUGGGGGAACCUCAUUUGUCACAAGAACGGUUGUUACGGUGACCUGGAAGAAAUGGCCACAGUCCCAUCCUCCCAGGGCCCUUGCAUUGAUGAACUGCAAACAUGACCAGUGUCUUCUGCUCUCAGUAACAUUUAUGGAAGUAGUCGCUAAAUGAUCACUCAUCAACAGUUGGCCUACAGAUAUCCAUUGAUCAGAUAAAAGGGUUGGGUUUGGAAACUGUUGCGGUUGUGCUUUUGGCAUGAGGUUAGGUAAUGAAGGCAGAAGUCAGAGGUCUUGUGAUUUUUGGUCAAAGUUCCUGUCAUCACAAAUGUUACUACAUUUGCGGGUAUGUAGACCACAGUAGCAAAUUCCGGCUAAGGUGUGAGAACCCAAUAAGACCAGUGUGGGGAAAAAACAGGCAGGGUCACAAGACUUUUAAAAACUUAACCAUGAACACAUCAGUACAAUUUGUAUUAUACUUAAGAAUAUUUAUAUAUGUUUAAUAAAGCUGUGUGUAAUGAAUUUGAU